AUCUGAAUGAUGGAGGUUUGGUGCUGGACUACCAAGCACUGCCAGAUGUGCUGAUCAAAUGGCGACCCUGUACAAGCGAUAUGUCCCACCGAAGCCAUCCUCUACCCCUACUCCCCCAGAAGCGCCUCCGCCCGCCCCCAGGGUAGAGUCUACCUUGUACAAACGAUAUGUCCCGCCGAAAUCACACACGACCACCACCCCCGCAGCCGCACCUCUGCCAGCUCCGAGAUUGGAGGCUGCCACCGUCUCGGAAGAUGUAUCAACGAAACGAAAGCGGGAGCGUCCAGAAGAGGAGGUGGCAGAGCGCAAGGCGAAGAAGCUGAGGAAGAAGAGCAUCGACCCGGCCACCGUCAAAGAGCAGGAUGAUGGGAGCACAGCAGUCGAGAAGGAUCCAAGUCCUAAAGCCCAUGAGGAGACUAUAGAUCAGCAGCAAGGUGACUUCUCGCACAUCAAGAACAUCAAAAAGCGCCACAAGCUUGAGAAAGAAGCGCGCAAGGCUCGCAAAGCUGCGGAGAAGGAUGCAAUAGAUGGACUUGCGGAUGGAGAGAAGACGGGGCAAAGCAAUGCGGCAGCAGAUACGAUAAUUGCAGAAUCACAACCAUCGCCGAACACUAGCGAUCGAGUGGAGGUCGCGACACUGUCGAGUGACAGAAAGGCGGAUAAGAAGGAGAAAAAGAAGCGGAAGCAGAAAAUGAUCGUUCCGUCAGAGAAGGCGCAUAUCCCAGAGGAUAAUCCUGCAGAAGAGAACGAACCCGAACGUAGCGUCUCUCAACCGAAGAAACGACAGCACAAGCUAGAGACGGCACUGCAAGACACUUCGAAAGACGAAUUACGAGAGCAGGACGAGCCAGAAGAACACCUACGAAAACACGCAGGAAUCAUGAGCAAAUUCGCACAAUCCAAGCACAUGUCUGAACUAGAGGUCAGAACUGCACCGCAAGACGAAGGCCGUCCAAACACGCCGCCUGUCAUGCUCGACCUCGCUCCGCUUCCACAGCCUGAGGAGGCUCCAGUCCCCGCAUUCAAACCCGAUCUGUCUACAUUGCCAAAGUGGCUUGUGGAACCUACCAUUGUCUCGGACCAGAGCAAAAUCUCAUUCCAGGACCUUCAGCUGGAGGGAGGGGUGGUCCAGCAUCUAUCCAAACUCGGGUUCAGCGAGGCCAUGCCCGUGCAGACGGCAUUGAUUCCAAUGCUACUACCGCCAGGUACGCCAGGAGCUAAAUUUCUGCGAGGCUCGGCACCAGUGUUACCGGAUAUUGCGGUCGGCGCACCCACUGGCAGCGGCAAAACCAUUGCGUACUUGUUACCCUUGAUCGAGUCAAUCAAGCGGACUGCAGGUUCGGGCCGGCUCAAGGCUUUGGUUGUCGUACCAACCCGAGAGCUCGUCCUACAGAUUGCAGCAGUGGCCGAGAGUCUGUCUCGCGGGUCGAGUGUCAGGAUUGGUGUGGCGACUGGUGUUGGAAGUUUCAAAGACGAGCAGGGCAAGAUUAUGAAGGCUGGCCAGCGUUAUGACCCUGAAGGCUACCGAGCGCUUAUGCAGCGAGCCGAUCGCAUCAAUCAUCCCCCGGAUGCAGACUCGGACGAGUUUGAAGAUUAUCUGCGAGAGCUCGAAAUGGAAGACGCGAGGGAUGUGAAACUCAUUCAAGAUGCGAUAUCUACUCUGGUGAAUCAUGUGCCGACAUAUGAAUCGGCCGUGGACUUGUUGGUAGCGACGCCCGGUCGGCUGCUCGAACACCUCGAUCAUACUCUUGGAUUCAGCUUGACGCAUCUCGAAUGGUUCAUCUUGGACGAAGCGGACAAAUUAGUUGAUGGACAGUACGACGGCUUCCUUGACAUUGUCAACAACGAGCUCUCACGCCCUCGUAAAGAAGGCGAACAGGAUGCUCGAGAGCGAUAUCUGCGAUUGAAAGGCGUGUGGAACGAGCAGCGAGAGCGACGGGUCAGGAAAGUCGUACUGUCCGCCACGAUGACUCGAGAUGCGUCGAAGCUCGUGGACUUGAGGCUGAAGAGACCGCAGAUGAUUCUGGUGAGAGGGCAAGGCGAAAGCGAUGUUACGAUUAAUUCCGAGGCAAAUGGCGAUGCAUUGGUGGAAGAUGCUACGAGCACGUUUGAACUGCCGCCCACGCUGGCAGAGUACUGUGUGCCUGUUGGCGAUGGAAGCGAGAAGCCGCUGUACCUGCUUGAGGUGCUCGAGAAGCGGAUGGUGAAUGGGAGCAACAGAAUUGCUGCCAAUCGACUCGGAGAAGCUGAAGCGAUGGAUUCCUCCGACAGCGACUCGGAUUCGGACUCCUCGGAAAGCUCGACGGCUUCGUCUGAAGAUUCGUCGGUAUCAUCCGACGACGAUGAUGAGACUACAAAGGCCAUCGACCAAGCCCAGGAACGAAAUGACAUUGACGCGGGGAUCCAUCCGGAUCGACUGGCAUUACUGGAUCGACCCUUCCCUUCAAAGUCAUCCUCUAUGGUCCCCACGAUUCUGAUCUUCGCCUCAAGCACCGAAUCCGCGAAUCGACUCGCACAUCUCCUGCAAACGAUGAACCCAGAAUGGGCAACAUGGAUCAAAGCGCUGACCAAGACGGACUCCAAACAGCCCUUCUCCAAUACCCCCGCCUCCCAACCUAUCAUUGUCGUGUCCACCGACCGUGCAGCACGAGGCAUUGAUACUAUCGGCAAUCGACCCGUCACACACGUCGUGCAGUAUGAUGUACCACACUCGGCGACAAGCUACAUUCAUCGCGUCGGUCGAACGGCGCGUGCGGGCAAGGCUGGCGAAGCUUGGACGCUGUACACGCACUCCGAGGCCCGCUGGUUCCACAAGGGGAUUGUCAAGGGAAAGAGUAUCAAGCGGAAGGGGCAGGUGGAGAAGACGAAGGUGGAUGUUAGUGGGGAUGAUGCGAAGCGGGAGAGGUUGGAGAAGGCGAUUGCUGGGAUGAGGGAGGAGGUUCAUGGGGGGAGGAAGGCGAGGUAGUGUUUGUUCGAUCGAUUGCUCCUCGACAAGUGGAAUGACAAUCCUCGCUGUUUAUGACCUGGUGUGACAAUGGUGUGGUCGCGUGAGCAGAGGUGAUGUCCAGACCCAGCAGAAUAAUGGAUCCAUCGAGAGCCAGUCGGUUGACAUCCGUUGUUGCUUUUAAAUUUGGUCCCGUCACGGACCAUAUGCCGGAUGGGAGUGAUGUGGAGCCCCCCCGGCUCCUUGCUGACGCUGCACCAUCGGCGCCGAGACUGUCAUCUGCACAUGGCAUAUCCCCUUCGAGACCGUGUGAUGACCGUGUGCCUGGCCUCACACUCAAUCUUACCACGCAUAUACGAUGCCA